UAAAAUUUUAUAUUUAUAAAUUAGUAUACACGUAUUGCAAUUGUGUAAAUCUGAUGGAUUAAAUUAAUGACAAUCUACUACACAAUGAAACCUUCAACUUUACCGGUCACGCUUUUAAUUUUGAUAUCACAGUGUCUAACCGUUCAAAGUCAAACAUCAUCCAUUGCGCCAGAAUUUACUACCCUGCAUAAUGGCACACACAAAAACGAGACAGGAAAUCUACAUGACAAUCAGUCUUCGAACAUUCAUGAGGAGGAAGGGCACGGGCACAAGGGAAUUAUUCUUAUACCCCUGCACUUUUCGCACGUGGAAUAUCCUCUUAUAUUCUCCCUGGUAGUGAUAUUUGCGGGAUUAAGUAAACUCGGAUUUCAUUACUCACACUUCUUGUCCUCAAAAGUUCCGGAAUCAUGUGUGUUGAUAAUUCUGGGUCUCAUCUUUGGAGUUAUCUUGCACUACUCUGGUGAGGCAGAUAAUGUAAAACUGUACGCUCCACAUGAAUUCUUCCUGUUUCUUCUACCACCAAUUAUAUUAGAGUCUGCAUUUAGCCUUCAUGAUCGUACGUUUGCAGAAAACAUAGGUGGGGUGCUACUAUUUGCGGUGCUGGGAACAAUCCUCAAUUGUUUUCUUAUUGGAUUGAGUAUGUAUGGACUGUAUAAAGCCGGUGCCAUGGAGGACGUUAAUACCUCACUUGUACAGAUGUUAGUGUUUAGUGCCUUAAUUGUAGCAGUAGAUCCAGUUGCGGUUCUGGCCGUUUUCCAAGAAGUUGGCGUUAACAAUACAUUAUACUUCUUGGUCUUUGGAGAAUCUUUGCUGAACGAUGGAGUAACCGUAGUUUUGUACAAUGUUAUGCAAAUAUUCAAUACCAUGCCUACCAUCACUGUUGAUCAGAUUUUUCUAGGUAUUGCCAAAUUCUUCAUUGUGGUAUUCUUCGGGCUGGCAAUAGGUAUAAUUUGUGGCCUGUUGUCGUCAUUUAUCACCAAAUAUACCAAUUCAGUUAAAGUGGUUGAGCCGCUCAUUGUGUUUGGUUUUGCCUACCUCUCAUAUAUUCUGUCCGAACUUUUUGAAUUCUCUGGAAUAGUCAGUAUAAUAGCGUGUGGCAUUAUCCAAGUCCAUUACGCUUUCCAUAAUGUCACCAACAAGUCCCGCCUUGCCAUCAAGUUCUUUGCUAAAGUCAUGGCCACCGCUAGCGAAAUCAUCAUAUUCCUGUUCUUGGGUAUCGUCACCAUCAAACAAACACAUGACUGGAAAACCGGGUUUACCUUGUGGGCACUGUUCUUUUGCAUUUUGUACAGGUUUGCAGUGACGUAUGGUCUGUCACUUUGUAUCAAUAAGUUUUCUACGGGCAGAAUACGAAAAAUCCGUCUAGACGAAAUGUUUAUGAUUAGUUAUGGUGGAUUGCGAGGAGCAGUUUGUUUCUCAUUGGUGGCAUUGGUGGACGAAAACGAGAUACCAAUGAAGAACAUGUUUGUUACUACAACUCUGUUUGUUAUAUUUUUCACCGUGUUUGUACAGGGUGGCACUAUUAAAUGGCUAGUAAGAAAACUGCGGGUGAAGUUAGCUGAAAGUACACCAGACAUGCAAAUAACAGAAGAACUGUCCAAUCAUGUAUUUGAUCAUAUUAUGGCUGGUAUCGAAGAAAUUGUAGGAUACACAACUGGUGAACAUCAUAUUAAAGAGAAACUUGAUCAUAUAGACGAUACAGUAAUGAGACCAAAACUUCUGAGAAACGCUACAAAGUCGGACCUCGACGAUAUUUCACAUUUUUACGAGAAACUUGUUAUGAAAGAGCAUUAUAAAAAUCUCCAGUUAUGUGGAGCUAAACUCCCACGAGUGAAGACAGAAAUACGACAUUUAGACAGUGAACUAGCGCUAGACAAGCUAGACAAGCUAGGUCACGAUACAGAUGAACACGAGGCUCAUCAAACACACGAUGAUAUAGUAUCAAGAAGGGACCAAGAAAACAUGGACGAAAACAAGUCGCAUGGUGAUAAUGUACAUAAGUUCUUCGCAAAUACAUUACAUUCUGUGCGAAGCCGGCUUCAUCUAAAAGUGCAUGACAAAAACUUGGUGCACGACCACAAACAUCAUUUGAUUUCACAUCUGCGUCGGAAACAUCGGCAGAACAAAGUGCUUCGUGACAUGCGCACAAAGGUGGAAGAAGGCGAAAUGUCACCGAAAUUACCCCCGAAGAGUCUAUCGUUUAAUCUAGAUGGGACCCGUGCUUUUGAAGAGCGGAAACCCAGUCAGGUACAGUUUACUCUUGAAGAUACGGUGAUUGAAGAAGAUGAAACGGGACACGCGAGUGGUGAAGACGAGGAAAACUCAGAUGAUGUAAAGAACGGCAAGGUUACAUUCACGUUGUGAUGGAAUAUGUGCAAAUCAAAAUUGAAAAAUUAUAAUGUAUUGCUGUGACAAAAUGCUAAAUGUUUUCAACAUUGUUCAAAUGGUUCAAAUACAAAAAUAAGAUCCCAGACAUGAGGGUAGAUGCACAAUCAUGUUAACAUUACAAUCCGAAUUACAAGACGAGAAAAACACGAGCAUAAAAUAGAAAGAAAUAAAGACUCCUUAGAACAUCCUAAACGGCAAAAUUGAAAAUAUUGCUGGCUCGGAUUGAUUUGGCCUGUUUAUGGAGGAUGCUCGAAGUGAAAGCUACUGUCCCAGCCCCUUAGCACCGGGUUUAGCAGAAUUCAACAUUCAAUAUGAAAAUUUAGAAACAUUCAACAGAUGUGCACGGCCGUAGGGUAACCAUCUCAUUGGUAGACAAAUAUGUGUAUAAACUGUAUUUUAAUCAUGGUGUGUGUCUUUAAUUUUAAAUGGAAUCAAGCAAAAGUAAAAAAAUCUCUUUAAAAUGAACCGAUGUCAUACGAAAGAAAGUAUUGAAGUUGAGAACAACUGACGAGAAAUAAGGACAGAAUAGGAAUUUGAAUCACACAUGAAGGAUAGAAGAUAGAGAAGCAGACGACGAAUUUAGUAUUGGUUUGGUAUUAGAAGUGUUAUAUCUAUAUUCCAAAGACAGAGCAGUGUAUGCUCAAACUAAGAGGGAGAAGUGUGAGACCGACCAUACUACCUACAUUUUCAUGUCAUUUUUGUAAAAGUACAUGAAUCGUAAAAAUAAACUUUUUGAGAAUAGAAAUGUUAUUUUUAUAUGGUUGUGAUAAAUGAUUUGUAGAUUCGACAAUCAUUAUAAAAUCAAUUUUAAUUUUAGACAUUGCAUUUUGUUUUUUUGUUUUAUACAUAAAUUUGUUUUAAAUUUCCAUUGUCAAAAACAAUUCACUGAACUAAACUCAUCACUAUGUACAGAGAAACGUCUAUGGACCAAGUCGACACAUGAACUUUCACUGUCUCUUCUUGGUUUUGUUGCUUUAUGUUGGUAAAGAUAUAACUUUUAUCAUCUUAUCAGUGAACUAUAUAAAGAAUCCUGAUGUAACCUGUUUGAAGCAAGUAACUAGAUGUAUUAUAAUCUAGGUACGCAUGAUAUAUAAUCUUGUACAGAUACAACUCCAACAUUUCAAGUGUUUAACAUUUGGGUAAGGGGAAUUACUGGUAUAUUUGGUAGGGUUUUUUGUUAACUUUGCCAAACGUAAAUAGGAUAUAAAAAAAAAGUUUUAAAGAUAACACAUAUUAGUUUUUAUGAUGUACGUAUUUGUAUGUUUGUUAAUAAAUUACUAGAAUCAUAAUGUUUAUGAUAUAACAUGAAGCGUUAAUAAAAUCUACAAUAAAUACGUA